GAUCACAAACUGGAAUUUCAGAAAGUAAACAGAUAGAGAAGCAGUACAUUGCCAUAGAGAGAGAGAGAGAGGGAGAGAGAUAUUGGAGAUGGCGGAGAAGAGGUUUGUGAUAGAGGUGGAGCCGGCCAAGCCGGCCAAGGAGGGGAGGCCGUCGAUCGGACCGGUCUACCGCAGUGUGUUCGCCAAGGACGGGUUUCCACCGCCAAUUGAAGGAUUGGAUAGCUGUUGGGAUUUUUUCCGUAUGUCUGUGGAGAAACAUCCUGAUAGCCGAAUGCUUGGUCGCCGAGAAAUUGUGAAUGGGAAGCCUGGAAAAUAUGUCUGGCAAACUUACAAAGAAGUAUAUGACUUGGUGGUGAAAGUUGGAAAUUCUAUUCGCAGCUGUGGCAUUGAGGAAGGAGGCCGAUGUGGUAUAUAUGGUGCCAAUUGCCCAGAGUGGAUCAUAAGCAUGGAGGCAUGCAAUGCUCAUGGUCUCCAUUGUGUUCCUUUAUACGAUACCUUAGGUGCUGGUGCUGUUGAAUUUAUAAUAUGCCAUGCAGAGGUUACAAUUGCUUUUGUGGAAGAGAAAAAAAUUCCUGAGGUGUUGAAGACUUUUCCUAGCACAACUAAUUAUUUGAGAACAAUUGUGAGCUUUGGCAAGGUUACUCCUGAACAAAAAGAAGUAGUUCAGAAGUUUGGUCUGUCUAUAUAUUCUUGGGAUGAAUUUUUGUUAUUGGGAGAUAAUAAGAAUUAUGAUCUUCCAGUUAAAAAGAAAAGUGACAUUUGUACAAUAAUGUAUACUAGUGGCACGACUGGCGACCCAAAAGGUGUUAUGAUUUCGAAUAAUAGCAUUGUUACUCUUGUAGCUGGGGUGAAGCGCCUGCUAGAGAGCGUUAAUGAAUCGUUGCAUGCAAAUGAUGUAUAUCUUUCAUAUCUUCCUCUGGCACAUAUCUUUGAUCGGGUGAUUGAGGAGUGUUUUAUCAUUCAUGGCGCCUCAAUAGGAUUCUGGCGUGGGGAUGUCAAAUUAUUGGUUGAAGAUAUUGGUGAGCUGAAACCUACUAUUUUUUGUGCUGUACCCCGAGUUUUGGAUAGAAUUUACUCAGGUUUGCAACAGAAGAUUUCCUCUGGUGGUGUCUUAAAACAUACUAUGUUUAACCUUGCAUACUCAUACAAAAAUCACAAAUUGAACAAGGGGAAUACACAUGCACAGGCAGCUCCGCUUGUUGACAAAAUUGUUUUCAGUAAGGUAAAGGACGGGCUAGGGGGAAAUGUACGGAUUAUUUUAUCUGGGGCAGCACCUCUUGCCACCCAUAUAGAAGCUUAUCUAAGAGUCGUGUCAUGUGCUCAUGUUCUUCAAGGAUAUGGUCUGACAGAAACCUGUGCGGGAACAUUCGUCUCACUACCAAAUGAGACAGAUAUGCUUGGUACCGUGGGUCCUCCAGUACCCAAUGUGGAUGUUUGCCUAGAAUCUGUUCCGGAAAUGGAAUAUGAUGCCUGUUCAAGCACUCCACGUGGGGAAAUAUGUAUAAGGGGUGAGACUUUGUUCUCGGGAUACUACAAACGUGAAGACCUCACCAAAGAGGUUAUGGUUGACGGUUGGUUUCACACAGGGGAUAUUGGUGAGUGGCAACCAAAUGGGACCAUGAAAAUUAUUGACCGGAAGAAAAACAUUUUCAAGCUCUCACAAGGAGAAUAUGUUGCUGUUGAAAACUUGGAGAAUGUUUAUGGGCUUGUUCCUAGUCUUGACUCGAUAUGGAUCUAUGGGAACAGCUUUGAAUCUUAUCUCGUUGCUGUUGCUAACCCAAGUAAGCAAGCACUUGAAAAAUGGGCUGCGGAAAAUGGCGUGCCUGGGGAUUUCAACUCCCUAUGUGAAAAUCCCAAGACAAAAGAGUACAUACUUGGAGAGCUUGCAAAGACUGCAAAAGAUAAGAAGUUGAAAGGCUUUGAAUUUAUAAAAGCUAUUCAUCUUGAUCCUGUGCCAUUCGACAUGGAUCGCGACCUUCUCACCCCAACAUUCAAGAAGAAGAGGCCGCAGUUGCUUAAAUACUACAAGAGCGUGAUCGACGACAUGUACAAGAGUAUAAAGUAAGCCCCGCGCACUCACGGUGUGAUAUGAAGGGGUGGUGUUGGGAAUCAACAGCCAGCUUCUCUGCCUUUGCUCUUUUAUUAUUAUUAUUAUUAUCAUUAUUAUAGGACGCCAAUGCAGGUUGCACUGUAUGCUUAAAUCUACCUUUCCUCUCAAAUUUCUUCAUUGGGACUGUACAUAUAUAGUCUCAGCUGUAUGCUCAGAUCGGAUCGGCCUUAGUUUAUUUAUUCAUCUCCAUAGAAGAUAUGGUAAUGCUAUUAUUAAUUAA